AUGAUAGCUGAGCUCUAUUUGUACAACAAUAGUUUCAAAGGAACUAUCCCUUCUACUCUUGGUAACUGCAGUUACCUUCCUUACCUUGGACUUGAUUACAACAUGCUGCAUGGCUCCAUACCUCAAGAACUCAUGGAAGCUCGGUCUCUGGUUUCCUUAAAUGUUUCGUAUAAUAAUCUGACUGGAGAUUUACCAAGCGAGGUGGGAAAGCUGGAGAAUCUUAUUCAGCUAUACGUUUCACACAACCAGUUAUCAGGACAUAUACCGCAAACCCUGGGGAGCUGUCUCUCCUUGGAAGAUAUUAGUUUAAAUAGAAACUUAUUUGAAGGAAGCAUCAUUAAUAUCAGAGAUCUGAGGGACCUUAAACUCUUGGAUCUGUCCAACAACAAUCUAUCUGGCUCUAUACCUGGAUAUCUAGUAAACCUCUCCUCUCUUGAAUAUGUAAACCUCUCUGUGAAUAGCCUUGAAGGGCCAGUACCAACUGAAGGAGCAUUUCGAAACUUCAGCCAAUUUUCUAUAUUUGCAAACAUAAAUCUCUGUGGGGGCAUUCCUGAACUACAGCUAAAGCCAUGCUCCGUGCUAGGAGAGAUUAAAAGAGUGAAAAAGAAAAAAAUAGUCAUUGGCAUUGGUGCAGGUGUUGCUUUGUUUGUACUUUCGGUAAUAAUCGGUAUCAUCUCUCGGUGUUGGUUCAAGAAACGUAACAAAAACGACAGGGUUAACAAUAUGUAUAGUUCCACAGCUGUGCAUGUACAUGAAAGGGUAAGUUACGAGGAGCUUCAUAAUGCAACUGGUGGGUUUUCUGUGGGAAACACCAUUGGGUCAGGGAAAUUUGGUGUUGUCUAUAAAGCAUUGCUCGGUGCUGUGAACAGAGCUGUUGCCAUCAAAGUGUUGAAUCUCAGUAAGCCUGAAGCUGCCAAGAGUUUUAGCGCAGAGUGUGAAGCCUUGAAGGGUGUAAGGCAUCGCAACCUUGUGAAGCUUGUAACAGCUUGCUCCAGCGUCGAUUACAAAGGUAAUGAGUUCAGAGCCUUGGUGUAUGAUUUCAUGCCGAAUGGAAGCUUGGAUAUGUGGCUGAACCGAGAAGGGACGAGCGAUACAACCUCAAGGCCCUUGACCCUUCGUGAAAGGUUUAAUAUAGUGAUAGACGUGGCAUCUGCGUUGGAGUAUCUUCAUGUUAAUUGUCAUGACCCUAUAGCUCAUUGCGAUCUUAAGCCAAGCAAUGUACUUCUGGAUGAUGAUCUAACAGCACAUGUUAGUGACUUUGGUCUAGCUCGACUGCUCCUCAAAUUCGACCAUGAGUCCUUCCUCAAUCAACUCAGCUUGGCCGGCGUUAGAGGAACCAUUGGCUAUGCCGCACCAGGUAAAGAGUAUCACACAUUUGUCAUGUUAAUAUGACAAGAAACAUUAUGUAUAUUUUUAUCACUCCAAUCUUUUUUAUGUGAAUUUUUGGUGCAGAAUAUGAAAUGGGAGGACAACCAUCAAUACAUGGUGAUGUGUAUAGUUUUGGAAUCCUCUUUUGGAAAUGUUCACAGGGAAACAACCAACCAAUGAGCUAUUUGAGGGAAGUUUUACACUAUACAGCUACACCAAGUCAGCAUUGCCUGAGAGAGUAAUGGACAUUGUAGACACAUUGAUUCUUCAGAGAGGUCUCUGAGUUGGUUUCCCUGUUUCUGAGUGCUUGACAAUGGUCUUGGAGUUGGGAUUUAGGUGUUGUGAGGAACUUCCGAGGAACCGGUUGGCCAUAAGUGAAAUUGUAAAAGAGUUAUUCAUAAUCAGAGAGAGGUUCUUUAAAACCAGAAGAACCGCCGGACGUUGAAGUGUUUUGGUUUCCUCUACAACAUAUGAAAUCUUCAAAGGUUAAUAUCACAAGGCCUAGCCAUGAAAUAAUGUCAUUUAUUAGCAUAUACAUAUAUAUGCUCCAAGACUUCGUGUUAUCAACUACUUGAUUAUUUGCAGAAAAAAUAGUAUGUUUUGGUACCAUCUUUAUGAUUAAUAAUGCUGAAUCUUCCCUUUAAAUUCUCAGUUGUUUUUGAUGUUUUUUCCCCUUGGCGGCGAUGACAAGUUUUUCAAAUUUAGACUUUUCUUAAACUCUAUAUGUUUGUUU